CCGGCCCGUGUAAGCGCUAGUCUCUUAAACCCCCUAUAAAAGGCUGCCGUCCCGCUGACCCAGCACUGCACACACCGCUUAGCAGCCGCUGGCCUCAUCCUGCCUGUGCAUCCGGGGGGCUUUUCUUUCUCCAGCUUGCCUCCCAAGAUGCCUCAGUUACUGCAAAACAUAAGGGGGAUCAUCGAAGCCUUCGGGCGCUACGCCAGGACGGAGGGCAGCUGUACAGCGCUCAGCCGGGGGGAGCUGAAGAGGCUCCUGGAGCACGAGUUUGCUGAUGUCAUCGUGAACCCCCACGACCCAGCCACUGUGGACGAAGUCCUGCGCCUGCUGGAUGAAGAUGACACGGGGGCUGUGGAAUUCAAGGAAUUCCUGGUCCUGGUGUUUAAAGUCGCACAGGCCUGUUUCAAGACAUUGAGUGACGGUCCCGAGGGAGCGUGUGGCUCUCAGGAGUCUGGAAGCUACCCCCAGGGGGGCUCGUCAGAGCUGGGGGGAGGACAGAGCAGUGUCACAGAGGUGGGAGGGGUUGGGGGAGGACAGCGUCAUGAGGGGAGCAGGCAGGCUAGCAGAGGGCAGAGCGGGGCUGGGGCUGAGACCCAGGGUCAGGCCACCGGCUCGCUGCAGGUCAGUCACCGUGCCAGGCAGUCUGAGUCCCAGAGACAGAAGGCAGAGAGCCAGCAGGCACAAGCCGGGGGGAGCGUGGAGCCAACCCAGGGAGUGGGAGGAGAUCAGAGUCAUCAGACCAGAGAGGGGGGUGCAGAGAGACCAUCCCAGACCAGGGAACAGGACAGAGCCCACCAGACAAGUGAGACCAUGACUGGAACCAUAACUCACAGCCAGACUGUGGAGCAGGCCGGGAGCCGUCACACAGGAAGUACCAGCACCCAGUCACGAGAGUCCCCCUAUAGCCAGACCAGAGGGACCGAGACCCACAGUCAAGACAGGCUCCAGACGAGCCAGACAGUGACAGGAGGACACCUUCAGAUACAGGGAGGAGGACACUUUCAGACACAGGGAGGUGCCACCCAGACUGUGGAGCAGUAUGGGAGCUAUCAGACAGGAAGUACCAGCACCCAGCCACAAGAGUCCCCCUAUAGCCAGACCAGAGGGACAGAGACCCACAGUCAAGACAGGCUCCAGACGAGCCAGACAGUGACAGGAGGACACGUCCAGACACAGGCAGAAUCACAUAUCCAGAACACGGAUCAGAACAGGAGCCAGACUCCGAGCCACACGGGGGCUGGAGAACAGGGACAGACCCAGGGGCAGUCAGGCAGUGGGCAAAGAUGGACACAUGUGAGCAGCGAUGGGGCGAAGGAGACAGACCUGGGGGGACAGGUACAGACUGGAGCAAGCCCCGGGACAGGCAGACAGGACUGGAGCAGCUCACAAGACCCAAAGUACAGUGUGGCAAGGGGGCAGGGAGACAGCACAUCCUCGGAGGUUAGCCAGGAGUGGGUUGACGAUCCCACAAUAGAGCCAGUGAUCCCAGGGUUGAACCAGGGCGGCCUGUCCACUGGCGUGCCCGCAGCGCAGGGCCAGGAAGGAGCCCAGCCGGCAGGGAAGCAGGGCCUCACAGCCCGGGGGCUGUAUUCUUACUUUACAAGCAACAAACCGUGACUGUCCUGGACUCUAGGGUCCAGCACUGGAAGAAGGCGGCUGGCGAAGGCCUGGCUCGUCCUGCCAUGACCAAUCCAACUGGCAGGUCCCUGGACAUCAGCUCUUCAUCAUGCUUCCCUCUUAG